AUGCAGCUCUCAUCCGUCUUUCUGGCCCUGGCCACCAUUGUGUCUGUCACCCAGGCAGCUUCGCUUUCUCUCGACGAGGGAGCAAGCGCCGGUGGUCUCGUCGCCCGGCAGGAGGCAAGCAGCGAGAUGCAGAGCAGAGUGACCAGGAGGCAGGCCAAGCGACCCAGGAAGAAGAACACCGGCAAGGCCUGCACCGUGGGCAAGGAAAAGGGCUUCUGCGACAGCCUUGGCUUCUGUUCGACAUUUACUCCGCCCAACAUCAACGGACCCAUUGCAAAGAUAGCCUUUUGCGAGGAGCUUGCUUAG